GGAGGGAGAGAAAGGAGGGAGAGAAAGGAGAGAGAGAAAGGAGAGAGAGAAAGGAGAGAGAGAAAGGAGAGAGAGAAAGGAGAGGGAGAAAGGAGAGGGAGAAAGGAGAGGGAGAAAGGAGAGGGAGAAAGGAGAGGGAGAAAGGAGAGGGAGAAAGGAGAGGGAGAAAGGAGAGAGAGAAAGGAGAGAGAAAGGAGGGAUAGAAAGAAGAGAGAGAAAGGGGGGAGAGAAAGGAGAGCGAGAGAAAGGAAGGUGGAGAAAAAAAGGAGAGAAAGGAGAGAGAGAAAAGAGGGAGAGUAAGCAGGGAGCAAAAGGAGGGAGAGAAAGGAGGGAAAGGAGGGAGAGAUGGCAAGGAGAGGAGAGGAGAGAGAGAAAGGGAUGUUAGGGAGAGUAACAAAAGAAAAGGGCGGGGAACGGAGAAAGAGAGAGGGGAAUAAGCUAGCCAGCACAGUGGAAAAAAGGCUGGAAAAGAGGACAAGAACGCAGGAGUGAGACAGACAGAGGCUGUGCCAAGCCUCCCACCUGAGUGUGCACGGCGCGGCUGUGUUUUGUGUUUGGGAUUUCAGGGAAAAGGAGGAGGAGAAGGAGGGGAGGAGGAUGGAGCGUGGGGUGGGCCAGAGAAAGGAAGAGUCUGCUGGCAGCGUUGGUUUCACACACCAGUGAUGAAGUGAAGCCCCUCGCAGGAAUUCUUUCUGCUGCUGCGUCAGUUUUUUCUCUGCCCUCGCUUUUCGUUCUUACUCACAUCUGGAGCGGGGAGUCACUUCCUCUGUCUGUGCUGCCCAGCGUUGUCUUGUGCUUUAACAGGGCUAGUCCUCUCAUCCUCUAGCCCCCCUUCACCUCCACCUCUGACGACACUCUAGGGAGAUACGGAACACACCACGCCAGGGGGACGGGACACUCCCAACACACUCUCAGGACGGGACCGACCAGGGACCCUUUACACCCCCCCACCAACACCCCCGACCUGCCCUCUGUAAUCUACGUCUGACAACAGAGAGGAAGAGAGAGACUGUGGAAUCUGGAGAAAACUGCAACCAUCAACUGAACUUUCUGUAGGGUGUUUGCCCUUUCCCUUAUAUGGCAAAACAACUGGAAACGUAUUUGAAUUGUCUGAUAUCUAUCCACCACAGCAGGCUGUGCAGCAGGGUUUGUUUUUAUGGCUGACUGACUUCUCUUGGUUCUUCUUUCCUGUGUUGUUUGCAUGCAGGGCUUUUAUUGAGGGGACAGCAGGCAGGAGCAUUGCCGGUCUUUGGGGUGAGGCUGCAGGCACUACCCCCAGGGGUGGUUGGCUAUACGCAUCAUUGCUCCCCCCCUCUCUUUCUCUCUCUAUCUCUGUCUGUCUGCCUGAGAGGAACAUCCAGCUGUCUGUCUGCCUGAGAGGAACAUCCAGCUGUCUGUCUACCUGAGAGGAACAUCCGGCUGGCAGCAAACUGCACACAGACACUGAGACAGUUGUUCUCUGUGGGGGAACUAACAACAAGGUGGGCCAGAGUUCAGCAACUGUAGUUCUGGAAUCUGGACACAGAGAAAUCUGUGGGAGGGAUAUUGACUCUGACUCUAUAACGACAACAAUCCUCAAAUGCAACAGGAUGUGUAACCCAGUAGGACCCUGGAAGGCGUGCCUGUCUUAAAUGAGGAGGACUAUUGUUGUUGUCCUGUGCCGACCUUACUAAUGAGGACGAGGAUGCUGGAGAAGCUUUGAACACUCAAGAGGACUGAACAACAAGAGCUCCUGACUGGAAGGUUUCGUGGUGCCAUGACACAGGUGUCUGGGACAGACUGUGUGUGUGUCAUCUCUGACCGUACACCUUGUUGUGGAUUACCCUGUUGGACGGACAGACACUCCACUGACUGACAGGUGGACAACAACAGCAAAGGUUGUCAUGGCGAUGGCGGCGUGGUACCACCGUGACAUCAGCCGCGUGCAUGCGGAGGACUUGCUGGCCCGGGCUGGGAGGGACGGCAGCUUCCUGGUCAGGGACAGUGAGUCUGUGCCUGGAGCCUAUGCCCUCUGUCUGCUGUUCCAACGGCACGUUCACACUUAUCGUAUUCUUCCUGAUGCAGAUGGCCUGUUGGCUGUACAGACAUCUCAAGGGGUGCAGGUGAACUGUUUCCGUACGCUGGGGGACCUGGUGUUGGGGUACCAGCACCCUCAUAAGGGUCUGGUCACCCCCUUGCUGUACCCUGUGGGGAGGGACACAGAGCCUGGUGAGGAGAGCUCAGGUGAUGAUGAGAAGCCAGGGCUGGUGUGGAGUCCCAGCCCAGCCCCAGUCUCGGUCAGUACAGCUCCCCCAGCAGGACCCCCAGUCACCUCAUCCCCCCACCUCCUCUUCCUCCACAGGCUGCAGGAGCUCAACACACCCAGCAUGGCAGGUGAGGUGGUUGGGCUGCUCAGUGAGUAUCUGUGCAGUGAGCUGCCUCUGGAUGUGGAGGGUCUACGUAGAGGAGCAAAAGGCCUACGCCAUCUACACCACACCCUGGGCACCGCAUGCCAGGGACUCAACAGUGAGAUUGAUCUGACCAUGUCCAGUUUGGAGACGCUGGCCAAAGUGUUUGACCAUCCCACCUGCCCUUUAACCUCAACCAAGUCACAGAAUAUGGGUAGAGGUCCAGACAUGGAGUUGGACAGCCUGCUGUGUAAGAUCUCUGCCCUGGUCAGCCUGCUGUCCUCCCUGGAGAAGAGGGUGCUGAAAGCUCUUCAAGAUGCUGUGACCAAUCACAACCUGGCUGUGCAGCCUGCCCCUUCCCGUGAGCCCGCCCCUGUCUCAGCUCCAGUCCCUGCUCCAGUCCCAGUCUCUGCUCCAUCCCCUGCUUCUGCCCUUGCUCCAGCUCCAGCCCCUGCUCCAGCACUAGUCCCUGUAGCCAAGAACAAUGCCAGGCCCAUACCUGUCCACUCUUUUCAGAUUAAGAUGGUGCGUUACGGCAGACAGACAGUGUCAGUGGACUUGGACACAGGAGUGCUGCUGUUUGACAGGAAGGCCGGGUCAUUCGGAGCGGAGACAGUCUCACACGACCGGAUUCUGCAGCUAGUCAAGUUCCAGAGCAGUCCAGCCAAGCUGCGCAUGGUAGUGGACAGUCAUCAUAGCACCCCACGAGAGCUCAUGUUUGAGAGUGCAAGGAAACGGGAGGCGUUCUGCCAGCUGCUACAGCUGAUGAAGACCAGACACUCCCAUCUGAGCGAACCUGACGUCAUCUCUGUGUUUGUGGGCAGCUGGAAUAUGGGUGGCUCCCCUCCCCCUCGCAGUCUGCAGUCCUGGGUGACGUGCUGUGGUCUGGGGCGAACCCCAGAUGAGUCCACAGCUCUGCUGCCUCAUGACAUCUACGCCCUGGGUACCCAGGAGAACUCUCAGGGGGAGAAGGAGUGGACCGAGCACAUCAAGACUACCCUACACAGCUACACUCAUAUAGAGUACAAACAGGUGGCAGUACAGUCGCUGUGGAACAUGAGGCUAGCAGUGUUCGUGAAGCCGGAGCACGAGAGUCGCAUCAGCCAUGUAAACACAGCCAGUGUGAAGACUGGCCUGGGGAACACAUUGGGAAAUAAAGGUGCUGUUGGGGUUUCCUUACUCUUCAACAGUACUUCUUUUGGAUUUGUCAACUGCCAUCUGACCUCUGGCAGUGAGAAAGUAGUUAGGAGGAACCAGAACUGUGCGGACAUCCUCAGACUGUUGUCCCUGGGUGACCGGCAGCUCAGUGCCUUUGACGUCAGCCUGCGCUUCACACAUCUCUUCUGGUGUGGAGACCUCAACUACAGACUAGAUCUGGACGUACAGGACAUUCUGAAACAUGUGUCCAAGCGGGAGUUUGAUGAGCUCAUGUGUGCUGACCAGCUGACACGAGAACGACACAAGAGGAAGGCCUUCCUCAAUUUCAAGGAAGAGAAGAUUGCGUUUCCGCCCACCUAUCGGUACGAGAGGGGGUCCAGGGACAGUUACCUGUGGCAGAAGUACAAGACCUCUGGCGUGCGUGUCAAUGUGCCAUCAUGGUGUGACCGGAUUCUGUGGAAGUCUUACUCAGAGACACAUAUCACCUGCAACUCCUAUGGUUGUACAGAUGACAUCUUCACCAGCGACCACUCGCCUGUUUUUGCCACAUUCCAUGUAGGGGUGACAUCACAGUUCAUUUCCAAAACAGACCCAAACUCUAGCAUGGAGAGGGCCUGGAUGGAGUUGGAAGGUGUUGAGGCCAUUGUGAAGACUGCCAGCAAAGCCAAGUUCUUCAUUGAGUUUCACUCAUCCUGCCUUGAAGAGAUCCGCCGUUCCGUAGAGAAUGACUCACAGAGCUGUGAUGUGCCUGGCUUCCUCAAACUGGGCUGGUCCCCCAAGCAGCUGCCCAAGCUUCUCCCGAUCCUCUCAGACAUGGAGUACCUUCAGGAUCAGCACCUCCUGCUGUCUGUCAAGUCAUGUGACGGAUUUGAGUCAUACGGUGAGUGCUGUGUGGCGCUGCGCUCCCUUAUCGGCGCAGCAGAGCAGUUUGAGACGUUUCUGACCCACCGGGGUGAGGAGAUGGGCUCCAUACGUGGGCGGGUCAGGGUCCACGUGCCCAAGGACCGGCGAGGAACACGGGAGAAGAUCUACGAAUGGUUCUGCUUUGAGAAGGAUGAGAAGGCUCUGGUGAGGGGAUGCUUGUCUCCUCCGUCCACUCGGGCACCUAUCAGCCGAUCCUCACCGCCUCCACCCAAGCCGGCCCCUAGCAGUUACACAAACCCUGCCUACUUCAUAUUUGAAGGUGUGUCUGUCCUGGGAAGAGUAGAGGAGUCUCCACCCCCUCGCAGGGACCCUCAGGUGGUCUGGGCCGGCGACUCCGCGCUGCAGUUACCCAAACUCUUCGGGGGGCGUGGCUGUGACAGGAAGUCCCCUCGCAGGUCGGACUUCACUGAAAUCGAGAUUCCAGGGAUCCUGCCCCACUAUCCUUCCACCAAUGACCAUCAUCCACCCCAGACCAACUCCUCCUAUCAGCUCUUCCCAUCAAAGGACCCAUCGCCAAUCCCCCCUGCCCCAAGCCCCACCUCUCACUAUCAUGAACAACCCAUACAACCACGACCAAGCAAAAAAAAUGUUGUCCAGGACUCCAUCCUGCCUGCCAAGAACCUGAGGAACAUGUACAUGAACCACUCCGCCAUCAUCAGAGAGACCCCCAGGAGAGAACAGCCUAGGGUGCACCAACAGGAACAAGCCAUCCCUGUACGGAGCAGCAAACUCCCAGCCUUCUACCCAUAUGUGUCCACCUGUGUACCCCACACCCAGGCCUCAGCACCGUGGGUGGUGGAGCAGCCAGUUGGGCCCCUUGGGGACCACUCCCUCACAGCCCUGCAGAUAGCCAAGUCACUCAGCGAGGUAGACUUCUUCCCAGUGGCCCUUGAAGCUCCAUCUACCCCAUGCCAGAGACCGGCCCAGAGGAAUGACCUGGCCAUGGCGGCAGAAAGAGGCUACUGCUGGGAGAAAGAGGUCCUAUAUGGAGCUCCAGAGACGGUGCGAGAACUACUCAGCACCCUGGGUCUACAGAAGUACACUCUGGGACUCAGCCUCAACGGCUGGGACGACCUGGACUACUUCAGUGGCAUCACAGAGGAGGACCUGCGUGCAGCCGGAGUGUCGAACCCGUCGCAUCGCCGGAGGAUCCUGGAGAACCUACCCAGGAUCUGGGAUUCACUAUAGACCUACUCACGUUGUUUGAGUUCUCAAACGGAACUUAAUGGACAUCGGUGACUGAAGCCUGCCCUAAUGGACUACUCGUCCUCUCUUCCACUCACGUCCGUUUAUAUACAGUAAAAAAUAGUUUCUGGUAAGCAAACGCACAGACAUGGUGCGUGUCCCAUGAAAUCCUCAUCUCAUAUCUGUUUCCAUUCACGCGUCCACCUUAUAAUGCUCAAACAUUUUUUUAUAUCCAAUUUUAGAUCCACAUAGCUAAAUAUUGAUUUUACUGAAUUUACUCGUCACCAGACGAGUGUUUACUGAGCAUUCACACGCUUCACCUCCUCCCCUGCCCUUUCCACUGCUCUGCCGUUUAUAAAGAACAGCUUGUAAAAUCACUCAAUAAGGGCCGUGGAGGAUGAAAUGUACCGCUGUACAUAUUUACCAGUGCACAUUUUAACAUGGCCUGGAAAGUUAAUAAUAAGGUCUCGCUUUCUGUUUACUGUCCGAUGGUAUUAUUAUCUUGUCACUGUGGUGUAGCUGUUAGUGAUAAGAGGGGAAUCCAGUGGGAGGAAAAUGCGAACCCUGGGCCCGUUUAUUUACAUUCUUACUAUUACAUUGUAUAUGUUUCUCUAUUCUCUCCCUUGUCCCAUAACUCUCGUGCGCUCACGAGAUAAUAAAGUGGCACCCACCCAUUUAACAUGAACAUCACAGUCACUUAAUCAAUGCUUCUGUGAACUUAGCUUUCUUUUUUUACUGCCUUUUUAAACCGUUAUUGUAUAAAACUAACUGUUGACAUAUGUGGGUUCUUAGACACUGCUACUGUGUGAAGAUUGAGGGCCUGAAACUUGUGCUUGACGCCUGUGGUUCCUUUCCUGUGGUUCUUUGCCAGUGGCGCUACUUUGGUCAUCUGAGUUUUAGAUAUGCAUUUAACUGUGGAUCAUAGAAGUUUACUACUUUAUUUUCUGAAGGUUGUUGAAUUAAGGUAAUGAACUAUUACAUGCAGGUGAUGUUACAUUUAUUCAACCCAAUGGGUGGGACACGACGUGAAUAAAACAUUGUUGUGUCAACAUUAUGAAAUAAACUCUAGAUAUUUAUUAGGACAUUUGGGACCAUAUAAUCCAAAGGAAAUUGAGCAUGGGGAGGUUUCAUAUCCCAGACUGUACUAUGGAAUUAUGUUUGUUUUGUCUUCAUAUAAAACUAUAAAUUAUCCACACUCUUAAUGGUACAGGCCUUGCUGGCACAAAAAUACAAUAGCGGAAAAACAAAUCGACCAUGCCUUGAUAUAAUCAUCAACCUAAAAUGGUAUACCUAGCUACAGCAUAUAAACUGCUGUAGGAAUGAAAUGACAGAAAUUCAAUUGAAUAGCUGUCAUCAUUUGCUUAAUUUGCAAAAUUAUAACAGGUUUAUAUAUUAUUUUUGCUAAUUGUUAUAUUUUCUUGAAGCCUUUCUUUGUUGGAUAUCUUCCCCAAAACUUUCUGUGUCUGGUUUCACACUAUAUUGUCAGUUACACCCACAAAAACCACACUACUCUGUGCUGUACUCACCCAUGACAUGAUUUGGGUCUUUUACAUAAUGCAAGUCAAUGUCAGUACCACACACAAUAGCUCAGUGGAUGUUAUCAAGGCAUGCAUGUUUGAACAGUAGAAAUACUUUUACUCUUGUGUAAAUUCCAAUGUAAAGUGUACCCAUGGAGCGACAGUCAUUAUGGGAAAAUAAUAGGUAUUUGUCCUUACAGCAAAUGUUCUAUAACUACGAGCUGUAUGUGGGUCCGAUAUAACUUCGGAACCCAGAACCAUUUCCUGUCUGCGCUGGCCAUGUAAGUUCUACUCGUUCUAACACAGGCAAGAGUGGAGGAUGUGUGUCCAUGUGAGAUUCUGAGAAAUCUGUUGAUAUUAUCGGUCUGUGUGUUUGCGGCCUGUGGUGGUGCAUACGUACAAGUUAGUCAUUCAAAAAUGAGCCAACACAUCCCUCUGUGUCCCCUGACAGCAGGUAUGUGUCAGUGACCCCCUGGCUGACCGUAGAGGCAAAUGUGUACUGGUCUCCCCUCCUGGACUCAGACACUGCGGUGGGGUGAUGGCCACGGUGAUAAGACCCCCGGCCAGACUGGCUCCGGUGGAACUCUCAUGAUGUCAUCACAGGACAUCCUCAGGGGAUUCUGGGACUUUUGGCAGAAUGUCAACAUAGUGAUCCUGUCUGCUCCUCUAUAAACCCAACAGCCUUUGUCCACUACAGUAGGUUAGUUUAAAGCCAGGAACAAGAUGAUAGUGUGGCUGUGAUUCUUUUCAAAUCAUUCUAAUCCAACUGCUACAACUACUAAUAAUAAGGCUGUGGCUGCGGAGCGGACUUUUCCAGGACUCUGACUUUUUCCCGAGCGCAUGUGUUUCUUUACCUCUACGUUAGGCACAUAUUUUUCUGGUCUCCUUCCCUUCACAUUUCUUGCUGCCAGUUGUGAAUGAUAAUUCACGACUGGCAGCGUUUUACUGGUGAAACGUCCAUGCAGCGUCUGCAUACCAACCAUUUGAUCUCAGACCAGUUUCAUUGGGAUACGCGCUUAGAUCUUGAGUUAUACUAUACAGUGUUGUUUCCAAGUAGCCUGCAGAGCCUACCUUUGUGUUUUGCCUAGCGGAAUGCGCUGUUGAGUUUUAGCCACAUGAGAGGAAAAUGUGGUGGUGUUUUUUAUCUUACAGUAACUGUCACGUUCCUGACCUUAUUUCCUUUGUUUUGUCUUUGUUUAGUUGGUCAGGACGUGAGCUGGGUGGGCAUUCUAUGUUUUGUGUUUCUAUGUUGGGUUCAUUUUCAUUAGCCUAAUAUGGUUCUCAAUCAGGGGCAGGUGUUUUACGUUUCCUCUGAUUGAGAACCAUAUUAAGGUAGGCUGUUCUCACUGUUUGUUUGUGGGUGAUUGUUCCUGUGUCAGUGUUUGUACCACACGGGACUGUUUCGUUUCGUUCGUUCGUGUGUUUUGUUCUCAAGUUCAGGUCUGUUCACGUCGUUUGUUAUUUUGUAGUUUGUUCAAGUGUUUUUCGUCUUCGUUUAAAUAAACAUGAUUAUGUCUUUAAACUACGCUGCAUAUUGGCCCGAUCCUUGCUCCUCUUCAGAUGAGGAGAAAGACGAGCGUUACAGUAACGCAAUGUUAUUAUUUUAUUUUAUGUAGAGUACUAUCCUCAAGUGAUCUUGCAGGCAUUGAUUCAGCUUUCAUCUAUCUUUAUUAAACAAGCACCAUUCGCAAGAGUUCUCUAAAAGUAGAGCACAUGACGCUACAAACACAACAAGGAACACGUCUACAGUGAGCUCCAAAAUUAUUGGGAAGGUGACACAUAUUUUGUUGUUUUGGCUUUGUAUUCCAGCACUUUGGAUUUGAAAUGAUACAAUGGACCUGGACCCGGUGAGGGGUAGAGCCUCGGUUUUGCGGCUGUUAAGUUGAAGGGAGUUUUGCUUCAUCCAAGCUCUUAUCUCCUUAAGGCAGGUGUUUAGACGAGCACAGGCAGCAGAGAGACUUGGGGCAGUUUUCACCAGUGUUGUUCACCAGUGUUGUUCAUCAG